AUGGUGCAAAUCAGCGAGGUCAAAGGCAACAAUCGCGAAAAUCGAACUGCUGCUCACACUCACAUCAAAGGAUUGGGCCUCAAGUCCGAUGGCACAGCUGAGAAGCAGGCUGGUGGCUUUGUAGGCCAACAGCAGGCUCGAGAGGCUGCUGGCGUCAUCGUCGACCUCAUUCGCUCUUCGAAGAUGGCCGGCCGUGGUGUAUUACUCGCGGGCGGACCCGGGACCGGAAAGACAGCACUUGCGCUUGCGCUGAGCCACGAACUCGGUACCAAGAUUCCCUUUUGUCCAAUUGUCGGAAGCGAGAUCUACUCAACCGAAGUAAAGAAGACCGAAGUAUUGAUGGAAAACUUCCGAAGAGCCAUCGGGCUAAAAGUGCGCGAGACGAAAGAGGUUUACGAGGGUGAAGUCACAGAGCUCACCCCAGAAGAGGCUGAGAACCCGCUAGGUGGCUAUGGAAAGACUAUCAGCACGCUACUGAUAGGUUUAAAGAGUGCAAGGGGCCAGAAGAAGCUUAGAUUAGAUCCAAGUAUCUAUGAAGCAAUUCAGAAGGAGAGAGUUACUGUUGGAGAUGUCAUUUACAUUGAGGCGAACACAGGAGCCUGCAAAAGAGUUGGACGAUCAGAUGCAUAUGCCACAGAAUUCGAUCUCGAAGCAGAGGAGUAUGUCCCCAUUCCAAAGGGUGAGGUGCACAAGAAGAAAGAGAUCGUGCAAGAUGUUACACUUCAUGACUUGGACGUUGCCAACGCCCGGCCCCAAGGCGGCCAAGACAUAAUGAGCAUGAUGGGUCAACUUAUGAAGCCCAAGAUGACGGAGAUCACAGAGAAGCUACGAGACGAGAUCAACAAAGUUGUCAGCAAAUACAUCGACCAGGGAGUAGCUGAACUUGUCCCUGGUGUCUUAUUCAUUGAUGAGGCGCACAUGCUUGACAUAGAGUGUUUUACAUAUCUCAACCGAGCGUUAGAAUCUUCAAUCUCACCGAUUGUUGUGCUUGCCUCAAACCGUGGUAUGUGCACCAUCCGCGGUACGGAUGGUGUCGUUGCCGCACACGGCAUUCCCCCUGACUUCCUAGCCCGACUCCUCAUAAUCCCUACCACACCGUAUGAAGCCGACGAGAUUAAACGCAUCGUACGCAUCCGAGCAACAACAGAAGGUGUGCAGAUCACGGAUGCUGCUAUUGACAAGAUCGCGGAGCACGGUGUGCGCAUUAGUCUUAGAUACUGUCUUCAGUUGUUGACUCCCGCAAGCAUCCUCGCUCGAGUCAAUGGUCGUAGUCAGAUUGAUAUUAAAGAUGUUGCAGAGUGCGAGGAGCUUUUCCUCGAUGCGCGACGGAGUGCCGACUUAUUGAGCGGUGAGACAGGACGAGGGUUUAUCUCAUAA